CUUGGACUGGUAUUGAUUCAAGAAGACGGUCGACCACGUUGGUCGUUUACUAAUAGGACCGAUGCAUAGGACUCCGGCGUUCUGAGCCAGCUCAGAACGCCGGGGUCCUGCUCGUACGUCUUCAUACCAGGAACUUGGAUGCAACACAUUCACUGGAUUGGUCCGUCCUAAUUGCCAUAUCCCGUACUCAUUACGUCCACCGAUGACGAGCCGUUCUCCCUCCCAUUCUUCACUACCCAUCCACUACACGUAGAUCUCGUUUCAACUGGCACAUGGCUAAGGUACCACACCCCAUCGCGUCUGGACGAUCUAGACUCAGUCGAAUGACAUCCUGUCUGCACGCGGUGAAAUGUACUUCAAGAUCUCACACCCGUGUCUUUCUACUUCUUGUCGAUGUUCUCUUAACCCAUCAUGAUGGCGCUACGUGCUGGCAGGAGAAGAGGUGCCGUCAUGUCCCGAGUUCCACUAAAGUCAUCAUCGUGUGUUCGUCGACUGAUGAACCUUUGCACAAUACCCGUCAAUUCCAGCUGCAGUAUUUACGGCUGGUUUGUCUAUGCAGGGAGUGCCUUCGAUUCUUCUUUGCUCGCGGGAUAUUACGUAUAAAGCACAGAUUGAUGCUUUGGGUAUGUUUCGACCUCAUGCCGUUUCGCAUUCUGUUUCGAAGAAAAUGCUAUCACGAGGUAUCGCAAGUGUCACUUCCAGUCCUAGAUUUGCGUUCCCCGCCCAAAAAGUCACUGACGAGCACAAUUCUCACAGAAAUGCCUGUCGUCUGUGAAAGCUCUCAUGUGAUUCAAGUGACAGGGAAGGUUCAGAAGAGGCUGCGAAUAUGCCAGGGUCAGGACACCAAACACCGGGUGCUACAGAAGAUGUACGAUAUAUAUAGCGCGCUCCAUAGGGUGUCGGACGUACUCUACAACGACAGAUGCGUUGCAUGCGAAGACGCUCGAAGAUACGGGCAUGCCGGAACGUUGUUGUCAUUUAGCGAACCACAGCGGUCUGACGAGUCGUCCCAGCAGCUGGCAACUGAGGAGAGACGCUCUAGCAAAGUAGAAAGUCUGCCUGACCAAAACAAGAAGCAUGCACGUUCGUUUAUGGUGAAGGGCAAUCCAAGUACUCUGGCGCGAUUUCGAAGUAUUGCUGUGACGGUAAUACGAAUACCUUUCUUUCUCUGACGCGAGCGAAGAUGAAGUAUAACUAUAGCAUGUACACAAGGACCGGGGGACGUUAUUUGAACAAGAUUAUUCUA